AUGGACGAGACCUAUAAUAAUGACACGGGCUUAUCUUCUCCAAAUGUAAAGACUCCUGGGCAAAGUAAUCGUGAUGAUGGAAACAGACAUGAAAGCUUGCCCAUCGACGAUAAACAUCACGUAUUCGCCUCGAAGAAAGACGAUCGCGAAAAAAUCGCGAAAAACAAGCAAGGAAAGAAGAAAAGAAAAAAAAAGGCAAUCCCAGUCAAGAAAGACCGUGAGUCAUUACAUGAAAUACGACAACCACAAGCAGAUAACGAAUUCGAGGGUAGAAAAAUUACCAGCGUUGCAGUGGUGUCGUUCGAAUGUUGCCCUAACAAAAGAAAAGUCAAAGAAGUUGAACCAUCGUUGGGGGAACUGUUCCGGGUCGGUUCCUUGGUGGGUCCUUCAGGAACUAGUACAUGGACAACAGAAGAACCGACUACGCCAUGUCAUCUUGUAUUCCCGAACCGUUUCCUUACGCAAAAAAUUGAAAGUCGUACCCCCAUGCAUGAGGUGUCAGAAAGUAAUGGACCAUAUGAACCAUCGGAUGCACGUAAUAGUUCAUUCAUGUUAGUCGAAAAGAUCAAGAAUCGAUAUGACCGUCAUCGUGUUGCAACUUCUGUUGGCCAUGAUAUCGUGGGUGAAAGUAGAGAAUUAGAUACUAUUACUUAUCUUACUGAGGAUAUGGAGUGUAUUAAAGAGUUUGGCUUUAAUCACAUCAUUAUUAUCGGGGAACGUGACUACGGAAUGCUUUUCCUUGACUGUUACGGUCGCAUAUUUGAUUGGGACCAUAUCAACUUUUUUUUAUGGCCAGUCGGAAAUUAUUUAGAGAAUAAACUGGAUGAACCUAAGAAUGUGGCAUGGAAUGUAGGCGAUGAUGGGAGUAUUACUGAACUUAAAGUUGGAAAUUUUGCAUGUGCUAUGAACACAACUACAGUAUCUGAGGUAAGCGAAUCAACUGCGCCUAUUCCUUUAGCUCACGUCUCCAAUUCUUCCCAAAUCAAAGAGGAAGGAGUACGGCAUGAUGAAUAA